AUGGCGCUGUCAACAUUAGUUCUUCGCACGUUUUGCAGGGGAAUUUCCACGAAUAUCCAAGAAUUCAUCCCAGUUUCUAGUUACUAUGGAAAACACAUUAGGCUGUAUUCCGAUGCUGCCACAAAGCAACGUGAUGAGCCGUAUACAAUUAGAACACAAAAAGACGGAAUAAGAACAAUUUUUCUCAAUGACAUCAAAAAAAGAAAUGCUUUGUCACUUGCAAUGUUAGAAUCAUUGAAGUCUGACUUACUCCAUGAAAUAGAAAGCGAUGACUUGAGAGUUAUUAUUAUCUCAUCGUCAGGACCAGCUUUUAGUUCUGGACACGAUUUAAAGGAGUUGACGAUGAGAGAAGGUAGAGACUACCACACAAAAGUUUUCAAUACAUGUUCUGACACAAUGAAGAUGAUAAAAGAACUACCAGUACCAGUCAUUGCACAAGUUCAAGGUUUGGCCACUGCUGCUGGUUGUCAGUUGGUAGCUAGCUGUGAUAUUGCUAUUGCUGCUGAAAACUCCACAUUUGCAACUCCAGGAGUGAACAUUGGCUUGUUCUGUUCUACACCGGCCGUUGCUAUCGGCAGAGCUAUACCUCAGAAAGUUGCCAUGGAGAUGUUAUUUACAGGGAAACCAAUAGAUGCCCAAGCUGCCUUAAAGCAUGGACUUGUCAGUAAGAUUGUACCAAAAGAAAAGCUAGAAGAAGAGACAAUGGCAGUUGCCAGACAAAUUUGCAAGUCUAGCAGGGCUGUGAUAGCAUUGGGAAAGUCAUGCUUCUAUCACCAGAUUACUAAAGAUUUGUCAGAUGCUUAUAGACAAGCUUCAGAAAUAAUGGUGUUCAACUUAGAUUUGAAGGAUGGCCAGGAAGGCAUUAAUGCAUUCAUAGAAAAAAGAGAACCAUCGUGGAGCCAUGAAUUUACACAUGUUAACGAGAACGAAUAACAAACCAAUAAACAUCCACAAGAAUGAUUAUCAA